UUCUUAUUGCGCUACUUCCUUUUCAUUAUUCCUAAUUAAACCUCAUGCCAGGCCGGUGGAGGGCCAGGGCCAGGAAGACUCAAUCACUACCCCCAUCAUGUUAAUAUGAUUAAAUUUAAAUCAAGUGGUGAUGAUGAGUACUAAAGAAAGGUAAUCCCUGUCCCCAGCUGCUAAAAAAGAAGGGAAUGAUUUGAAUAAAUACGAUAUCAGAUCCAGGGGCGGACCCAGGGAGGUUUGGGGUGUAGAAAAAAAACGAUUAUCCAACUUCCGGUGGUAAUUUACGUAUAGAAAAAAAAUUAUAAUUAAUAGUCCGGGACACCCUAAAAUUUGAAAAAAAUCAUUAUACUACUCUCGUUUGUAGUUUGCGCAUGGGAAUAUAAGUGGUAGUUUGGGUAAUUCAAACCCGAGACACUACUAUUAUUAAUAAAUAUAAUUUUCCUUAGGCUACAAAUUUUUUUGUGGUUCUAUUCUAAACAUGGUGUAAUAGCAAAAUUGUAGGAAAUAUAAAUAUUGGGGUGGUUAGGGGGUUAGGCAGCCGAUUAGUGCCAAGUAGAUUAGUAGGGUAUCAUUAGGUUUUUGGGCUUAUUUCCCUAUAAAUAUGUAUUUGAGUCAUUGCGUUGGAUUUGGUCAGAAAUCAGUAAUCAAACCCUAUUCAGUUUAUCCCUCUUCUUCUCCUAAUCCCUAAUUCCCAAUUCUAUUCUUCCUAUCUCAAUUUCCCAAUUAUUCUUCUCAAAAUCCCUAAUUAUUUCUCUCAAUUCCUAAAUCUCUUUCUAAUCUAUCUGGCUACAUUAAUCACAAGUUACCGCAAAAUCAUAGUUCCUUCAAAAACCCUAGUCUCUAUCUUUAAUUAUUUUCAAAACCUAACAAUUAAUCUAAUUACAAGUUACCCUUAAUUUAUGGGUGUACGACAAGUGUUGAAAGUGUCUUUUCAACUUUGAGUUACACCAAGAACAAAUUUAGAAGUCGAAUAUGCAUUUGUUCGUGAAUGAUUGUCUAGUAGGAUAUACCGAGACAACUUUGUUGAGCAGUGUAGACACCAAGUGUAUUAUACAAUUUUUUCAGAAUAUGAAAUACUUAUGAACUUUUUUUAACUUGUACGAGUUGACUAUUUUCUUAUUUAAUAUUUAUUAAUUAUUAUUUUUAUUAUUAUUAUUUAUUUAUUGAAAGAGGACACCCCUAUAUAAAAUUCCUGGGUCCGCCACUGAUCAUCAGAUCCAUCGGUACAGAUAUAUACCACUAGUUAUCUUCAUCAUUGUGACCAGCCAGCUUCAUGAAUUGGGCAGUCCGAUGGUAGUGUAGUUGCUCCCAGCGCGCAUGAGGCCACUCAAUUACGUAUAUCGAUUUUUGGCAACUUAAUUUUAUUUUCGGUUUAUAUAUGUACAAUCCAUAAUUACUCCUUAAUUCCAAGCAAACUAGCGUGAGGAAGAGGUCAUCGUCUGCUUUUCUUAUGCCAAAUGAAAUAGAAAUACGCUGUGCUUAUGUGUACUCCUGGAUCUCCUUAAUAUAGUAUAGUAGAAUUUGGAAAAACGAUUAAGCAAUUUCCGAUAAUAGUUUGCAUGUGGGUAAAAAUAAUAUUUAAGUGGUAGUUUAUGUGAUCUGUUAUGUUUUAAAUUCAAAUAUAAUAGUAAAAUGAUAUUCCUUAUCUCCUUCAGAGCCGAAUGACUUAACUCAGUUACGAGAUAUCUUUGUACAAUAGUAUAUAACAAGAGAGAUUUGAUGAACAGUGCAGACACCGAAUGUAUUCUCCAACCAAUCCACAGCGGAGACGCUGCACAGAAACCAACUCUAGAUUGGUCGGUGUAUCUAAGCUCUCGUCAGCGUGCAUCUCCAGAUUCGCCAAAUAUCUCAGCUUUUGUCGCCCGUCUACAAAUUCGUCGAUGUAUUCAGCUUGGUCUGCAGCCCUAGGUGUAGGGAUUUGGGGAAACAACGACUAUACACGGGGUGGCGAUGGCCGGCGAGAAGACAAGGGGGGAAUGAAGGUGAGGGGGAGCCUGUCUCCAGAUCCGCACUUCUAGUCGACGAUAGAGAUGUGGGUGCGGAUAGAGGAUUCACAGCGGUAGCGUCAACAAAAAGGGUUCAUUCUCCCCUGGUUGGGAUUCGACGACGGCGGGAGGGAGAGGGUCAGGGUCAUUCUCCCCCUGUGUCUUGCUUGUUUUCUUGUGCGUGUGAUAGGGCUGAAAAUUUGUCUGUCCAUGUCCCUGUUUGACCCGUCUCUGAAGGGUCAAGAUGUAUAACCGUCUUGUCACGUCCCUGUCUCCUUCUUGGUACCCACAUUUUUUUAUUUUUACAAAUUAGUACCUAUACUUUUAAAACUUUACAAAAAAAGUCCAAUGAAGUAUGAGAUAUUUGUUGUUGCUAAGGGUCACCGGGUCAACGUGACCCGUCCCUAAGUUGUCCUGACCCGUCCCGACCCUUUCAGGGUCAACAAAUAACUCGUCCCUAAUCUGUCCCUGUAGAUAAACUGACUCGUUCCGACCCUUAGGGACGGGACGGGUCAGUGGGUCUUCCGGGACAAGCUUUCACCCCUAGCGUGUGAAUUCAGGAGCUCAAUAGAAAGGGAGAACCAUUUCAAAAUUGUAUGAUUUGAUUUUUUGGGGUUUCUAAUGCUCGAAUGGGGUAGAUGGUUUGAUCGGUGUUAUUUUAUCUGAUCGAAUGGAGUAGGAAGUUUGGAGAAGAGAGGGACGCCCAAGUCCCAACUAAUUAGUAAAAUAGCUUUUAAAGUUAGUAGCUUUCAACUUUUUUAAUAGAAUUAAAUUCCACCUAGCAUGCCACGUAGAUGAAGGCAGGCCACGACACAGACAAUCAUUUGUUCAGUCAGCUGACUUUAUAUUUCCGUUAAAUUAAUAGACAGAAUGGCUAUUUCUAUGUAUUUUCAAAAUUUGGCUAUAUUUGUCACAAAGUGGAAAGUUAUGUCUAUGGAGGUGUAUUUUGCCAAAAAAAAAUUCAAGAGUUCCAACCCUCUGUUUCUAAAAUUGGGGGCAUAGUUGUAUUUUCUCAAUUUUGUGUAUCAAUUAACACACAUAAUAAGUUAAUAACUCAUUUAUUUUUCCUUCCCAACAACACAUUUAUCCAUUCAAAUUGCACAAAUCACACACAAAUACCACAAUGCCAAAAUGUGAGUUAUUUUGAGUCUACAAAUACAACAUUACCAAAUCACUCGUCCAAACGACACCUAAUUAUUCCAUCGUCCACCAAAGAUCACCUUAACGCAAACCCAAACCCAAACUCAUGGGUUUAUCCGCUAAAAAAACCAGGGUAAAACCCGCUGGGUUUGAAAAACUCAAACCCAACCCAACCCGUUGGGUAUCCGCAGGUUCAUGGGUACCCGUGAGUUUUUGUGGUAAAAAAUUUACAAUAACAAAUUUCUUUCAAAAUAAAAGUUUAACAUCAAUUUUCUCAUACAAAUUAUUCAUACAAAAAACACCAAUAUAGAGCAUACAAGCAAACCGCAAAUGAUCAAUACAAAUUGUUCAAAAUUAAAGAUAAACAUCUAUAAACAAUAAUAUUAAUUGAAAGCUUCUUCCUCGCCAACUAAGUUUCUUCACUCUCCACUUCAUAACAUCAUCUUCAUUCUAAACAAUUAGAAAGAACAAAUUAUACAUGUCUCCACAAACAUAAAGAAUAUUAGUUGUUUAAAAAAUAUUAUUUAGAAUAUUAAAUAUACGGGGAAAGUAAUUAUAUGUGUGUGAGCGGGUAUCCAUGGUGCGGGUUUAUCUAAACCCAAACCCAACCCGACCCGGUGAAUAGUGUAGCGGGUUUAAACCCAACCCGGCCCAAAACCCGUCAACACGGGUUUUACCCACGUUGACCGGGUUGGGUAGGGUGGGUACCCGUGGGUUCGGGUUUUGUUGCCAUCCCUGCAACAUAUGUAACUACUAACCAUUUAGUUCUAACUAGUAGCCAGCAGAAACUGCUAUCCAAACAUCUAAUCAGCAGUCACACCGAUAAGUUCUAAGAAAGGUUAAGCGAAGAG